GAUUUCUUCUCUCUUUGCAUGGUGUUGCCUUUUGAAACACGUUAUACUGAGCUAAUGCCUUUUUUUUAAUCACGAAUUUUUGGAUUAUAAAAACCUCGUUUCUUCUCUGCACACAUUUCUCUCUAAUUAGCUCCUAAGCUCUCUCUCUGCACAAUUAAUAGAUAUCGAUGGCAAAGAACUCGGAGAGCAGCAGCAGCAGCAAGAACCAGGACCAGGAGACGAAGAAAGAAAACAGAGUGUGUGAGAAGAUUUUCAGAGCAAUGACGAGUCCUGUCCGAACGGUUCGCCGCCUCUCCACUAAACCUUCACCGAACCAUUACCAAGCGGAGCCUGUCGGCGUCAAGUUCUCAGAGACGUCGAGUCAGGCAGCCAAACCCACUUCAAAGAUGGAGCCGCUGAUCACCCGAGUGGAGACGAAACUGAAAACGGACGAGAGGUUCAGUGAUUAUAUAAAGAAAGCGAAGCUGAAGAUAAGGGAAGUGACGAAUGAGGGUGAUAAUGCUGAGUUGGAGACAAGUGAAACAGAGGCACAUGAUCUUCAUCGUCAGUGCCAUGUCCUCCCUACGGGUAGCAGUGGGAGGAGGUCAUCAGAUCAUUUCUCUGAGUACAUAAGGAAGGCGAAGAUGAAGCUCAGAUCUUCCACCAUCGCUCGUGCGAACCCAACUUACAAGGAAUGAUGAAUUCCCACUAAUUAUAUCAAUUCUCCAGCUUAAGAUUAUGAUCUUUCUAUAUGUUUAUGAUGAGAAACAAAAAUUAUAUGAAAUUAUAUAUCAUUUACAGUAAAUUAUUUUUUCACAAAUUUAAAUAAUACUAAACUUUAGGAAAAACUGGCCUCUAUGCACAUAACUGAAUCCAU